AUGGCCGCGAACAACCCCUUGAUUGCAGCAACAGCGUGGCCACCCAUGACGAUUGACCUUGACGGUCAGGCUUUACUUCCUUGGGGCAUAAUGAACGACCUUAAUCCGAUGCUCGCCGAAUCAAACUCCAGCUUCGACAUCAUCCAUUCUUAUGCACUUGAUACCCCUAUCAACUCUCCUUCUAACCUCGAGCACUCCAACUUCGCCACGGUCGAACUUCGGGCGUCUUCAAAACAGGGCUGCAUAACAGGAAAGGUCGAUGUGACCGCGGAUAGCCUAGUCAAGCUAUCCAAGCUCAACAUUGAGUUGCACACCCGAGUUCUUGCAGAUCUUGGCACAAUUGCAAAACAAUCGGCCGACUCCUAG